CAUUCACAUCUCUCUCUCUUCUCUUCUCUUUACCUUUCUACUCAUCUCCCAACGCUGGUCGUUUUCAAGCUUUAAAGCUCAUAAAUUCUCUUUUCUUACAUCGAAUUAAAAUCUCAAUUCAAAUAACAAACAUGGUCCGCAUCAUUUCUAUCGUUGGUUUCCUCGUUGCCUUUGCCUCUACAUUGACUGUAGCCGCCCCCUCCCCUGUCCCCGUUGCCAACACUCCCGAGCUGGUCUCCAACAUUGCCGAGCCCGUCUACUCCAACACCACAUUGGAAAAGAGAGCUACAACCUACAAGGGUACUGCCACAUGGUUCAUUCCCGAGACUGAAGGUGGUGUCUGGGGUGCCUGUGGACCAAAAGAAUCCUCCUCAUCCAAGAUUGUCGCCCUGAACAAGAGCCAAUACGGCAACAUGAGCAAGAAGAGCAAGUGGUGUGGCAAGAAGAUCCGCAUCACCGGUCCCACUGGAAAGUCUGUUACUGCCACAAUUAACGAUGCCUGCCCUGGCUGCAAGAGCGGUGAUCUUGAUCUUACUCCUGUCCUCUUCAAGCAGAUCAUUGGAAACAUGAACAAGGGUGUCGGAAAGAUCAAGUGGGUCCUGAUCUAAAUCAGCUACCUCUUCUCGACAAAGAAAACGAAAACGAAAACCAAAAAACAACAACAACUACCACAAACUUGCAUCUCUCAUAACUUUUAUUGAGGAGACCGGCUCUCUUACAAUCCUUUUUUUAUAUUUUAUAUUUCUUUCCCUUGCCUCCCUUUUUGACAAAGAUCAUCUUUCUACCCUCUCAUUCUCAUUCAAAUAUAUACAUACACAACCCUUUCUAUAUAUAUUGUGUCUUUUUCUUUUUCUAAAGCAAAUGAAAUAGAUAUUGUGCUAUGAAUUAAACAAUUAAUACAUAGUAUAGAUAAAGAACAACACAAUCCAAAUCUAAAUACAAAUUCAAUUCAAUAAAAUCCAAUAAAAACAUUAUCAUCCAAACCAAUAAAGAUAUAUAUAUAUAUAUUGCUAUCAUUGA